AUGGCUGGUCUCGGAUUUGAUAAGAGACUCAUCAGCCUACUCCCGCCCGUACUCCCGCCAUUUCCAGUGGUUGCAAAGUUGACCGCCAUAUGCCCCAGCUUAGAGAAAAGCUUGGAGGUGUACCAUCUCGCGGUCGUAUGCCUGGAGAACAGCAGGAGCAACUUUGGCAAGGUCUUUGACUACUGUCCAUCCUACCACGGGACAGAGUGCCCCGCCAUUCUGAGCGAGGUGCAACCGGAACACGAGGUCAUGGAGGAGAGCUAUCUACCGGAGGGUGCGGCUGUUGCACCCAUCAUAAUAGCGACAGACAAAACACAACUUACGCAGUUCUUGGGCAACAAAGCUGCAUACCCUGUCUACCUUACCCUAGGCAACAUUCCCAGAGCUAUCCGCCACAAACCUUCGGAACAUGCAUGCAUUCUGCUCGGGUACCUUCCGGUCUCGAAGAUCGGAAAGAAGAACCUCACCAAACGUGAAUGCAAAGCCAGAGGGCAAAAGAUCUUUCAUGCCGCCAUGCGCAUAAUCUUGAAGCCUCUCAUCUGA